AUGGAUCAUCGAUUCAUUCUCCGUCGUGCCGUUGAUACUGACAAUAUUGCACUCUCUCAACUUAAUCAACAUGCUUUUCGUGAAACAUUCAUCGAUGGUUUUACUAUACCGAUUGGUGAAGAUAAUCUUCAGUCUUAUUUUCGUACAUCGGUUAGCCCAGAAGCACAUGCGAAAAAAAUUGCAGAUCCACAGCAAGCAACAUGGAUAAUAAUAGACAAGACAAAUAAUGAAUUCGUCGCAUUUACCAAUGCUGGCCCAUGUACUUUGUCUCAUCCUGAUGUUCGUGCAGGGGAAGACGCAGAACUUCAUCGUAUAUAUGUUCGACGUGAUCGACAAGGUUAUGGGCUUGGUCAGUGGCUUAUGAAUGUGGCUUUAUCGUGGCUAGAAGAACGAUUUCCUGGACGUCCUAUUUGGGUUACAGUAUGGUCAGGCAAUUCGAAGGCUCAAAAGCUUUUUAAGAACUAUAACUUCAACAAGGUUGACAAUUAUUCUUAUAAAUUGGGGGAAUAUAACGCGGAGAAUAUCAUCAUGCGACGAGAAAGUUUUUCAUCGUAG